CAUUGUAUGUCCGCAAUGGAUUUCCCUGGACUGAGUGAAGUUGGCACAAAAUGGAUGCUGCUUGCAAAUACAUCAGUUUUAACUAAACAUCGACUUACAAAAUGGGAAAUCAAUUAGUCGGUAUUGCGCCUAGUCAAAUAUUUCCAGUAGAACAUUAUCUGACAGACCAUAGUGAUUUAUUAUUCGAUGUAAACUUAGGAAGUACCAGAUUUUUUAAAGUGGCUCGGGCUAGAAGCCAGGAAGGACUUAUAGUAGUAAAAGUGUUUGUUAUACAUGAUCCGACAUUACCAUUAUCCGUUUAUAAAGAUAAACUUGAAGAAAUUAGAUCUAAAUUAGCAUCUGCUGUAAAUUGCCUACCCUUUCAAAGAAUGAUCCUCACAGAAAAAUCAGGAUCAAUAAUGAGGGAAUAUGUAAAAUAUUCUCUUUACGAUAGAAUUAGUACGAGACCAUUUUUAACAAGUAUUGAGAAAAAGUGGAUUACUUUUCAAGUUUUGUACGCAUUACACCAAGCUCAUAAGUUUGGAGUCUGCCACGGUGACAUAAAACUAGAAAAUAUUAUGAUUACCAGUUGGAAUUGGAUUCUGCUGACAGAUUUUGCAAGUUUUAAACCUACUUACUUGCCUGAAGAUAAUCCUGCUGAUUUUUCAUAUUUUUUUGAUACAUCUAGAAGAAGAACAUGUUACAUUGCUCCUGAACGGUUUGUGAAAACAUUAUCUUCAGAAUUAAGCAAUACAUUAUUAUUAUCUGAACAAGAGUUAAAAACAGGUGAUUUACAGCCAAUGAUGGAUAUUUUUUCUGCAGGCUGUGCUUUAGCAGAAUUGUAUAAUGAAGGACAUCCCCCCUUUGACUUUUCUCAAUUAUUAGCGUAUAGGAACAAUGAGUAUUCCGUGAGCAAGCAUUUGGAUGCGAUAGAAGAUUCAGGAAUACGUGAAUUGCUUGGAUCUAUGCUGGAGAGAAAUCCGGCAAACAGGAAGAGCGCUGAAAUUUAUUUGGCUCAGGCUCGUGGCACGAUAUUCCCAGAAUAUUUUUAUUCCUUUCUGCAGUCUUACAUGCUUAUUUUCUCCGCUGCUCCAAUUUUAUCGCCAGAUGAGAAGAUAAAUAGACUUAAGAAAGAUAUAGGAAACUUUAUUAAUAUUUUAAAAGGAGAAGAAAAUGAAAGGAAAACAAGUAAUAUAAAAGCUACAGAGACCAUUAGAAGUAAUCAGUUUGAUAAUAACAUAGAAUCAACUAAAUACGAUUCUACCCACAGUGAAGAGAAUACCAUUAUAGAUGGUGAUAGUGAUCAAAGUUUCGAUAAAAGCGAAUUGAAUCAGGUCGACGCGAAAACAGUUUCAAUGCAAGAGAAUAAAUUAAAGAAUCAGGCGAAUCAGCAGGCAGAAAUUAAAGGGUAUGAAGGACGGAAACAGAAAGUAGAUGUAGAAAGUGAGAAGAAGCCUUUUUCGACUCCAGAUCCUUUGGAAGGAUUAGUUAUCAUAACUCAGUUGGUCACCUCUUGCAUACGAGGUUUACAUCAUUCUCAAUCCAAACUGCAAAGUUUAGAAAUACUCCUCGAAUUAGCAGAGAAUACGUCAGAUGAAACAAUACUCGACCGAAUAUUGCCAUAUAUUUUUCAUUUAGUUCAUGAUCCUGCCCCACGAGUAAGAGUAUCAGCUAUACAUAUAUUAACAAAAUGUUUACAUCUAGUGAAAUCGAUCCCACCAACAGAUGUGAACAUUUUUCCGGAAUAUAUUUUACCAGGUCUAGCGCAUAUCACGCAGGAUGAAGCUGUUAUCGUAAGAGCUGCCUAUGCAGAAAAUAUUGCACAUUUGGCACAUAUUGCGCUGCGUUACCUGGAGAAUUCUCACUUAUCUAACUUAGGUAAUAAAGAAGGUCCAAAGCCAAGUUACGACAAUGAGCUCCAGACAUUGCAUGAAAUGGUACAACAAUCUGUGUCCAUGUUAUUAACAGAUCCUCAAAAUUUGGUAAAACAAACGUUAAUGGAGAGCGGAAUAAAUAAACUUUGCGUGUUUUUUGGCAAGCAGAAGGCGAAUGAUAUAUUACUUAGUCAUGUUAUUACUUUCUUAAAUGAUAAAGAAGACAAGGAAUUAAGGGGUUCCUUUUUCGAGUGUAUCGUGGGUGUAGCUGCUUACGUUGGAUGGCACAGUAGCCCUAUACUUAUGCCUCUCCUUCAGCAAGGAUUAGCCGACCCCGAGGAAUUUGUAACGACUAAGGCUAUCAAUGCAAUGGCAACGCUUACCGAAUUAGGUCUUUUACAUAAGUCAGCGCUUUAUCAGCUGUUAUACGAGACUAUGGUCUUUCUAGUGCAUCCAAAUCUAUGGAUAAGGCAUGCAACAGUUGGUUUCAUAUCCGCUGCAGCAAGGACGCUUAACUUAGUGGACGUUCAGUGUAAAGUGCAAACAAUGAUUCAACCGUACUUAAAACAUCCUCUGAUUCAGAUAGAAAAAGAGAUUUUACUGUUAGAAGCUUUGGUAUCUCCUAUACCAAGAAUCGUGUACGACUCUGUCGUGAAAUACAAUGAUAUAGAAGAACUGUUCCAAGUUCUUGAACAAAGGCAGGCAGCUCGCGCGAAAGCGAUAACCGGGAUCGUGCCGCAAUACAACGAAAUGAGUAGUUCGUUGCGAAACCUUUUCAGACGAUUAAGUUCGGAAUCCAUGACCGAGACUGUUGAAGAUCAGUUGAUGAUAAUGAAACCGCAUUUGAUGAAAAUUAAUAAAUACCGGAACUCGGUAGACGCGAAACAAAGUACAACAAAAUCUAUGGACGGAAAACUAGAGUUAAGUUCUAUGAAAGACAGGAUACGACACCACAUUGUGAUACUGUAUCCCGACACGAAGGCGGAUCUCGGUUUGCCGCCGUUUAAACGAUUAGAUCGCAGAACGUCGGACAGCGUUGGCACGUAUGCGACGAUGAACCAAGAAUGGCGUACAAUGUUUGCAGCUCAAGACAAUGCUCAACAUACCGUGAAAAUGUCAAAUAUGACUGGAAGUAGCGGGAGUCCUAGCCAAAGUUUGCACGGGGGAGAUAUACAUUUAUCUCCUCAACACAGCUUGUCCGAUAUGAACAGCAUAAACGAUCAUUCCCUUCACGAACGUUCAUAUAUUCAAUACAGGUGUGCUCCUUGCAGAUUAGAGGUGAGACAAUUGACAUACCGAAAGCAAGAACAACACGCUGCAGCGUUAAGGGCACAGCACUGGGCUGAUAACAUUGCAUGGCAGACUGGUUCGAGAUUAUUGCCAAGUGGUUGGAGACCUCGAGGGGUUCCGGUUGCUCAUCUUCAUGAACACAGAGCAGCUGUAAAUAGGCUAGUCUCUAUACCGGAUACUAGUUUAUUCGCGAGUAGUUCUGCGGACGGAUGCAUUAAGAUAUGGGACGCUAGUAAAAUGGAAGGUCGGAACAUUGCUAAUCGUUCUAGGCAAACCUACAUGCACAGAGGUGGACCUUUGGUUGGCUUGGCGGUGUGCGAUCAGGGACAAUCAUUAGCGAGUUCCGCCAGCCAAUCAGGCACUGUGUUUGUUUUACGGAUUGAACCGAAUUCAAGCAAGACCAGUGUCAUUGGAACUAGACAAUUGGACCUUCAGGAAGAAGGCUGUGCAGUCGACUUACAGUACUUAGAUUCCGGAUCGCAAUCAGUUCUUGUAUACGCUUCAUUGUAUGGGUCAUUGGUGGGCUGGGACCUACGGUGCCCUGGCACGACAUGGCGUUUAGAGAAUGAUCUGAAGGAUGGCGUGAUCACCUCGUUUUGCGUGAAUAACUAUCAACAGUGGCUAACACUUGGUACCAGUUCGGGCGUGCACACGUGUUGGGAUUUGCGAUUUCAGUUACCGAUAACCAGUAUCCAUCAUCCUACUGGCGCGAGAGUCAGGAAGGUGAUCACACAUCCAACAGAGCACUCGUGGAUAAUUUCAGCUGUACAAGGCAACAACGAGAUCUCUAUGUGGAACCUUGAAACUGACUUCCGACAAAUGGUUCUGUGGGCGUCCAGCGCACCUCCGCUCAGUCAUUCCCAAGGGGGUCAUAGCGUGUACGCGAUAUAUUCAGGGUGUAUCGAUCGUUCCGCCUUUCUGUUGGCUGGCGGUGCCGAUAUGAGAUUACGUUUCUGGGACUUGAACUCCCCCAGCGAGUCGUACGUCGCGUUACCUGCAGCGAACGACGUCACCCCUCCAAGUUCGUUAGCGUACGAGCAACGUUUAAUAGACGGAACGAACGUGGUACUGGAAGUUCUGGCUGGUGGCGGGCCCACGCCGUCAUCCGUUGGAGGAAGCAGCGUCCGAACAAGAAACUCCGAGGAGGGCGGCCAGGGACCUGAAACACCACCGUCAGGGCAUCACGACACGAUUUCCGCCGUGGCAAUGUCGAACACCUGUAUCCUAACCGGGAGUACAGACGGUCUGAUACAAGUCUGGAAAUGAUUGUUCUCUCUUCCUUUGUUUGCGGUGUUCCAUCGUUGCACACAGUGUACAAAUUUUUCUAACGUAGAAAACAAAUCGACCAGACAUCGAGAUUUUGUACGAACAUGCUGCUAUAGUAAUUCUGUGAUUUUUUAUUUGUAUAUAGUAUGUAAUAUAUUAAUAUAUAUAAAUCGUAUUUAUUAAGACCAUUGAUAAUCGUAACGAUAGACACACCAUGCAUUUCUGGGAACGGAAUAUGUAACGUAACGUUUCGAAAAAGGUUAAUUCAACGACACCGUAAUCCUUCUGUAAUUAUAAAUGAUUUAUUUUUCUACGUGAAACCGUGAAACCGACGAAAGAGCUUGAUGUACUGUAACAUACGAUAUAUACACAAUAAACAGUUUUUCGACAUAGAGUUUAGCAUGAUAGCAACGACUAAUCGCGAGACACGCUGGAUAACAGACAAAAUGAAACGUGAAAACUCUGUAACGAUCAGUGUACAAAAUGAAAUGCGCCGUGUUAGAGUGGAAAAAGAAACGAUAUUGUUCAUUUGGUAUAUUAUUUAUACUGGCUGGCGUAUACUGACUGCGUACUUCUGUGUUAGUUUAAUAGCUCACUUGUAUACCGACUGAAAUACUCAUAACCAGUGGAUAUCUUCGUAUUCCCUAAUAUUGUUACAAUAAA